AUGAAACAUAAAUAUUGUCUAAAAGUCAUCCACACGCUCACUGCCAUUUUUUUCUGGUCCUUUUUGUAGGAGGAGAGGGCAGUGAGAGAUCGGAAUCUCCUCCAGGUUCAAGACCGUGAACAGCCCAUUCCAUGGAAAGUGCAGUUCAACCUGGGCAACAGCAGUCGCCCAAGCAACCAGUGUCGGAACUCCAUUCAAGGGAAGCUUCUCAUUACGGAUGAGCUAGGUUACGUCUGCGAAAGGAAAGAUCUGCUCGUGAAUGGCUGCUGUAACGUCAAUGCCGCCAGCGCCAGGCGCUUCUGGUGUGAUGGCUGCUUGGCCAACGGCUGCUGUGGCGCCUACGAAUACUGUGUCUCCUGCUGUCUGCAGCCCAGCAAACAAUUACUCUUAGAACGGUUCCUCAACCAGGCUGCGGCGGCAUUCCAGAAUCUCUUCAUGGCUGUGGAAGAUCACUUUGAGCUGUGUCUGGCCAAAUGCAGGACUUCAUCUCAGAGUGUGCAACAUGAGAACACCUACAGGGACCCCAUUGCAAAAUACUGCUAUGGAGAGAACCCGCCAGAACUUUUCCCUGCGUGA